UAAACCUAUGCUCUGAUUUAUACUUACAAGACAAAGUUCAGAGAUAGACAUUACUUAACAGUUUUAGCAACGCACAGCAUUUAGGUGUAUUAAUGAAUGGUUCUCAGGAGACCAGGGGACCAGGCAAAGGGUUAUUGUUCCAAAUCCCACUCAACUUGUUGUCUCCUCCCUUUCUGCAACAUCUAAUGGCAUCUCUUGAAUGUUCUGUGCUGAUUUAAUUAAUAAGCCUGACUGAGUAAUGCCUUGUGACGCCUAAUCCCAACCUGAUGACUAUAGAAGCUUUGGGCUGGCGUCCUCCAAGCAUACACAUCGUGACUACAAUCCAUCCAUCGCAGCUAUACUUUUCUUAUUUAUUAACUUUUUCAAGUUCAUCAUAUCCCAACACUGACUUUCAUUGCUGUUUUGCUCACUGCUGUUCAUCGCAUCUUGCGUGGACAAAGAAGAAGCGAAAUGUCAGACAUUACCGGAACAUAUCGUAUUGUCUCUGAGGAAGAGCAGUCUCUCCGUGCCAAGCUAGAGCGGUUGACUACCAAAGACCAUGGACCAGUAUUUGGCAAAUGUGAAAAGCUUCCAGAACAUACUGUGCAGAAGGCUAAAGAUGAACUAAACGAGACUGAUGAAAGUCGAGAUUUAGCUGUAAAAGAACUGCGAGAGCUGGUGCAGGACAAGGCUAACAAUGGAGACGACCUCUGCAGAGCUGUUGCAGAGAAGGUGAUCGGGAAGGAAAAUUGCUUCUUUCUGCGAUUUAUAAGGGCCCGGAAAUUUGACGUAAACCGUUCUUAUGAGCUUCUAAAAGGCUAUGUCAAUUUUCGACAACAAUACCCGGAGCUGUUUGAGAACCUGACAGCGGAGGCUGUGCGCAGCACCAUUGAGGCCGGCUACCCUGGAAUUCUGACCAGCAGAGACAAGAAUGGCAGAGUCAUCCUCCUUUUUAAUAUUGAGAAUUGGGACUAUGAGGAGAUCACAUUUGAUGAGAUCCUCCGUGCAUACUGCAUUAUUUUGGAGAACCUGUUGGAAAAUGAAGAGACCCAGAUAAAUGGCUUCUGCAUUAUAGAGAACUUCAAAGGAUUCACCAUGCAACAGGCUUCUGGCAUUAAACCUUAUGAGCUUAAAAAAAUGGUGGACAUGCUACAGGAUUCCUUCCCUGCAAGAUUUAAAGCUGUUCACUUCAUACAUCAACCCUGGUACUUUACUACAACCUACAAUGUUGUGAAACCUUUUCUGAAGAGCAAACUCCUUGAAAGGGUUUUUGUACAUGGGGAUGACCUGGAGAGUUUCUACAAGGAAAUUGAUGCGGACAUACUGCCAGCAGACUUUGGAGGAAACUUACCAAAAUACGAUGGCCGAAUAAUUGCCGAUAAGCUCUUUGCACCAAGAAAUGAAUCAGAGGACACAGCUCUUUAGAGGAAAUGAUGGCAUGCGGUAUAUACAUCAGAUAGGAUGAGAAAAUACUCAGUCUCUGUUAGUGGUAAUACAUUCUACAGUACACUUUUCAAAAUGUAAGCACAUAUAAAGAUGCCUAUAUAUAUAUAUAUAUAUAUAUAUAUAUAUAUAUAUAUAUACAUA